AUGAACGGGCCUCAGUCCUACAACCAUCGCAGUCGGGCACACGACCUGUUGUUCUUCUCAAUAGCGCAAACCUCAUAUCCUCCCAAUCAAAGUUAUGGUAUUUCGGCACACAUGAUGCCUGGAACAACCAGGACCGCGUCCCACUCACAGCCCAUUGUUCCAGCUUCGAGUGCUAGAUAUGACUCCCCAACCCUACAUCCUAUGCCUCCUAAUGGUCUCACGGGUCAACCUGGCGUUACCCCUCCAUGUGGCUCUGCAUCGGUAAUGCUUCCAAACCGUGUUGUAUAUAAUGGAGCACUGCCUCCUCGAGUUGUCGGAUCUCAAGGUCGCCGUGGAAGCUUGCUUUGCAAUGCUGGUCGACCUGUGGUUCCAGCUGCUGGUGAAAAAUACAACGCCGUUCAAACUAAGGAUGCUGAUGGCAAGUACCCUUGCCCACACUGCGCCAAGUCCUACCUUUCACGCCAAGCACUUGAAGCGCCGCCUGCUAUGCCUGCUCUGUUCGCCGUGGCAACCCAACUGGAUUGGACCACUUGUGCCGUCCUCAAGCUCAAAAUUAAGAAUCGUGCCCAGGCUGAGAAGACCUGUGGUCUCAGCAACGAGAAAGCCAGGGACCAAACCAAUGAAUUGAACAAUAUUCCCUCCGACGUCGCGGCUUAUCCUAUUGACACAUCUCCCGUCUCCCACGGCAUGAACAAGGUUGGUGACGGGAGCCGUGGCCCCUUUUUGCCGGCGAUAAGCAAGGCUUAA